CAGUCCCGAGACGCUGACGCCCGCCCGCGCGGUGCACUCUGGGGCCUGUAGUCCCGGAGGCAUCGAGGCCCACCCGGCUUCACUGGCAACUGUCGAAGCGGCUUUUCCUUCCCGCUCACCGGGGUUGGGAGGCAGCGAUGGCGGCGGCCGUGGCGCCUGGCUUGGGGGAGCGCUGGUGGGCGGAGCUGCCUCACCACGCCGUGCUGUGCCGCCUGCGGGACCAGGCCGCCGAGGCCCGGGGCGAGGCCGAGCAAGCCUGGCCGGCCCUCCCGCGGGACCUGCUCUUCGGCCUCGGCGGGGAGCUCUUCCUGUGGGACGGCGAGCGCGCCGCCUUCUACGCCCUCAGCCUGAGGAGCCUGGGCGACGAGCCCGACAGCCUCGGCCGGUACCAGACCCUGCUCUGCAUAAAUGCGCCCUUUUUUGAGGUGUAUCAGACUGCGCUGAGCCCUACACAACAGCAUGUUGCUCUUAUAGGAACAAAAGGGCUGAUGGUGCUGGAGUUACCUAAACGUUGGGGAAAGAACUCCGAGUUUGAAGGUGGAAAGUCAACGGUUAAUUGUAGCACCGUCCCUAUCGCUGAAAGGUUCUUCACUAGUUCACCAUCCCUGACCCUGAAGCAUGCCGCCUGGUACCCCAGUGAGACACUGGACCCCUACAUUGUGCUCUUAACAUCUGACAACACAAUAAGGAUUUACAGCCUGAGUUCACCCCAGACACCCGUGAAAGUGAUUGCUCUUUCAGAUGCUGAUGAAGAGGCUCUGAGACUCAAUAAGGGGAGAGCCUAUACCGCACUGAUAGGAGAAACGGCAGUGGCAUUUGACUUCGGGCCCCUGACAGCCGUCACCAAGAACAUUGCUGGACAGCGAGAGAAAGAGGAGGUGUUGGCAUAUCCUCUCUACAUCUUGUAUGAAAAUGGGGAGACUUUCCUAACCUACAUUAGUCUUCUGCACAGCGCUGGAAACCUUGGCAAGUUGUUGGGCCCGCUGCCGAUGCAUCCCGCAGCUGAAGACAACUAUGGGUACGACGCUUGUGCAGUUCUCUGCCUCCCGUGCAUUCCCAACAUCUUGGUGAUUGCCACUGAGUCGGGGAUGCUUUAUCACUGCGUGGUGCUGGAGGGAGAGGAAGACGACGAACAGGUGUCUGUCAAAUCUUGGGAUUCGAGAACUGACCUCAUCCCGUCGCUCUAUGUGUUUGAAUGUGUCGAACUGGAGCUUGCUUUGAGACUGGCAUCGAGAGAGGGGGAGGACCCCUUGGAGUCGGACUUCUCCUGCCCAAUUAAAUUGCACAGAGAUCCCAAAUGUCCUUCUCGAUACCACUGCACACACGACGCUGGAGUGCACAGCAUUGGACUCAGCUGGAUCAACAAACUGCACAAGUUCCUUGCCUCGGAUGAGGAAGACAAAGACAGUUUGCAAGAACUUGGAGCAGAACAGAAGUGCUUCGUAGAGCACAUCCUUUGCACAAAGCCUCUGCCAUGCAGGCAACCUGCCACAAUUAGAGGGUUUUGGAUCGUCUCUGACAUUCUGGGUCCCACAAUGGUCUGUAUCACCGGGAGCUAUGAAUGCAUCACCAAACCUCUUCUGUAUGUACUGAGUUCCGCAGUCCACCCAUUAAGCCCUCCGCUUCUGUGCACCAAAGAAGAUCCGCAGGUCACAGUCUCGCCUCUCCGCCUCCUCGCCGAAUCACAGGACUCCUUUGAGAGACACAUCCGGAAUAUCCUGGAUCGCAGCUCUGCUAACCCGCUGCUGUUAAAGUCUGCGGACAAAGAAUCUUCCCCUCCCCCUGAAGAAUGCCUUCAGCUCCUCAGCAGAGCCACACAAGUGUUCAGGGAAGAAUAUAUUCUGAAACAGGACUUGGCCCGAGAGGAGAUCCAGCGAAGAGUGAAAUUGCUUCGUGAACAGAAAAAGAAGCAGCUGGAAGAUCUUGGCUACUGUCGCGAGGAAAGGAAAAGCUUGCGGGAGAUGGCAGAGCGCCUGGCUGACAAGUACGAAGAAGCCAAAGAGAAGCAGGAAGACAUUGUGAACAGGAUGAAGAAGGUGUUGCGUAGCUGCCACUCUCAGCUGCCUGUCCUGUCAGAUAGUGAAAAGGACAUGAAGAAGGAGCUACAAACAGUACAAGAACGACUGCGGCACUUGGGAAAUGCUAUCAGGCAGGUUAAAAUGAAAAAGGAUUAUCAACAGAGAAAAAUGAAGAAGGGGAUGAGUCCACGGAAGCCCAGCAUCAACCUUAACACCUACCAGAGGAAAUGCAUCCAGGCAGUUCUGAAAGAGGAGGGAGAACACAUCCAGGAGAUGGUGAAACAGAUAAAUGACAUCAGAAACCAUGUGACCUUUUAGUGCAGUCAUGACUGGUGUCACGCAUUAAGGGAACAAAAGCAGCCUUUCUCCUUUUGCUUUAUAAACUGAGUUACAGAGAGGUUGCAUGUGUGAUUUUUUUAUAGAGAAAAUGUCUCUUUUGUUGAAUAAAUACCCUUUUUUAAAAAA